AGAAGAGGAGUGGCAAGUUGCAUGAAGAAAAAGGCAGGAACUGAGGAAAGGGGGUAGUUUACCACCGGUGAUGAGAACGAUGGUCUGUUCUUCGGAAGCCAUGUCGUUUCUUUGUCCGUUCAAGUAUGCUCUUAACAAGGGGAUAUGAUGUUUCUUGCUGCAGCCAAACUUGUGUCUACUUCGAAACGACAAAGUCUAGCCUCUUUAUAUCUCCUCUCGUUCCUCUCCCGCUUCUCAACCUCAUUCUUACUAUCAGUCUACUUCCUCGGCUACUUACCGCGUUCCUCAGUCUAUACGGCACUUUGCCCACUUUUACCUGCAUACGGCCGCGUCUUCGGAAGUGCAAUACGCCAUUUGCAUACUGCGAUGUAGUAUGGGCCCAUCUUUGCUGCUUCGAGACGUACCAUGUAGUGCAAAAGCCCAGGCGGCAGAAGCACGCCUGGACCAAUGAGUGUCCUUCAAACCGUCUGAACAGCAUGUCAGUAACGCACUGUUGAUCGUCCUAACUCGAUGGUCUUAGUCGGUCGGCGGGGAUAACGGACUUAGGCUCACAGCCAUGGGGUUAGACGGAAGCCACGGAGUUCUUGAGAAUACGAAGGAGGGUUAGACUGGAGAGGCAGGAUCCUUUGACAUCCAACGUGCAUGAUGAAGCUUGAUUGUUUCUCUCAUUUGUCUGUUGACUAUC